GUAGUAUUUAGCAGCUUAACUUUCUGGCGCCAGUUGAUUUAAAAAACAAAAAGUUUCCACCGGAGUACCCCUUUAACUGUAUAUCUUGCCGCCGCAGAGAGUAAUGACCAAUGGCGCCAUUUCUGUGAUUUCUCGGACAUUGUGCUGAUCAGGUUUCUAUGUGUUGUAGAGAACGGGAUAACGGUGAUGAUACAGACCAGCGCGCGGAGCCCAGCGGCAUCGGACAUUGGCCUGCGCCUGGUGUUUGACCUGCCGGCAACGUACCCGUCCUGCCCCCCCAACCUCUCGGUCAGCUCAGAGGAACUCACCAGGGCGCAGUGUGCGGAGCUGCGGGACAGGAUACUGGAGCGGGCGUGGGAUCGGCUCUCGGAACCCAUGAUACACGACCUGGUCUCCUGGGCGCAGCAGAAUUGUGACAGCAUCAUUGGGAACUACGUCCAAGAUGGAGGACGCCUCACGACGGACCAGGGGACAUGGACCACCCUGUUACAUUUAGAUCACAUGAGGGCCAAGAACAAAUACGCCAAAACCAUUGAAAAAUGGGCGACGGAUCUGAAACUGAGCGGGAAACUGAUGUUUAUGGGGAAGAUGAUCCUGAUCCUGCUGCAGGGGACCAGGAGUCAAAUCCGGGAAUAUUUGGUUCUCCAGAAAACCUGCAAAGUUGAUGUUGAUUCAAGUGGAAAGAAAUGUAAAGAGAGGAUGAUGAGAGUUUUGUGUGACAUGAAGUCCCCUCCGGGCCAUGACAGGUUUCCAUCAUUCGAGGUGGCAGAGUUUUCCUCCAUUGCUGAAUUAGAGAAGGAGUUUGUCGGGGCCGGGCUCUCCCAGGUUUUCACAGAACAUGUUCGGGGUCUAUUCUGACAGACAUUUCUUUAUAUAGCGCCAAAGUAUUCCGCAGUGCCGUAGAGGAUUGUCACAAUAUGGAUUCCAGGAUGAACCUGUUAGGAGUGGAAGGAAAAUGACAUAAAUAUAAAUUUUAUUGACUGAAGAUAAAAAA